AUGAUUCCGCUUCGUCGCAUUGCCACUGCGGCAAGUGGGAUUGACUAUUCUUCAUCAUUACUAAUAUCAUCUAAUGACAAAUAUUACGUGUAUGGCAGUUCUUUUUGCCUCUAUCUCUAUGAAAUUCCCGAAAUGAAACAGACAGAAUUUAUUUGUCAAGGAUAUGACAAAUUUAGAAUGAUCAGAUUAUCGCCUACAGAAUAUGAUAUCGCAUUUAUAUUAAAUGCAUCCAAAAAGAUGUAUUUUUUCAACUUAAUCACUCAUCAAAUUACAGAUUAUAUAGGCAAAAUUGAAUAUCCCAUUACAGAUAUACAAUACACAUGCGAUGGACUAGAGAUAAUUAUCUCUUGCGCCACAAUUUCAGUUUUUCAUAUCGUUAAUACAAAAACUUUAGCGUCAGAAAUUGUUCAAGUCACUGCAGGCAUACCGAGAACAUUCGCACCAAUACCAGGACAACCAAAUACUAUCUUAUAUUCAGCUGAAGAAAAAGAAAUUGAUUUAAUCGACUUAGAAUCUCGCGAAGUUACGAAAACAAAUGUUAGAGCUACACCCAUGUGUAUCAAGUUUGAUCCUCUGAACAGUUCUAACUGCAUGAUUAUUACCAGAAGCAAGAAAUGGGGCUAUGUUUUGAUAAGCCAAACAAUUCGUGUCAUAACCAUCUCAGAAUGUCGCCACAUCAAGAUGCUCAGUGGAGAUUGGAUUCCUUCCAUGCCAGGCCACAUCAUUACAGGCGAUGGAAACUUCGGAAUCAUCUACAUUUGGUCAGUUUCAAGUGGGAACUUAGUUUACCAACAAUCUAUUGGAGAUUCACCGAUUACUAACAUCACAAGGAUCUCAAACAAAGACAUGGUUAUUGCAUUCGGUGAUGGAUCAAUUGGAAUAUACGACUGUCUCUCUAAAACAUACAAAAACAAAGUUCCAAGAGCACACACAAACACCAUUUUUUCUGGUGCUUUUUUACCUUCAGAUCCAUCACUUUUUGCGAGUGUCAGUGCUGACAAAAGAAUUUGUUUUUGGAAAAUUCCGACACUAGAAGAAGUACAGUCAAUCAGUCUUGAAGACUCUAAACACGCUUUGUUUUGCAUUGGAUUUUCAGAAGGUGGCGGAUUUAUCGCUGUUGGAGAUUCAGAAGGAAAUAUUUAUAUCCACAAUUUGAAACUCAACAAAAUUGUCAUGAAAGAGAAACUCCAUAGUAAAGCUGUCAUGGGAAUAAGUUGGUCACCUUCAAAUCCUUCAAUCAUUGCUACAAGUAGUGAAGAUCACACUUGUAAAAUUUAUGAUACAGUUAAAAGAGGUAUUUUAUUCCAAAUAACUGUCAACGCAAAAAUGAGAAGAUGCAGAUGGUCUCCCAAUGGAAAAGCUAUAGGAAUAGCUUGUGCGAAUGGUUCUGUUUAUGUUAGACAUGAUGAUGGCGUCUACACAAACGUAAAAGUUUCAGAAAGCAAAGUUUUUGAUGUUUGUUGGUCAAAAUUUGAUCCAAAUAAAAUCGCCGCAAUUGAUGACGACGGAGGCGUCCAUCUCAUUGAUUUAACAACAAGAACAAGUAUAUCAGCUAAAGAACACAAAGGACCAGUUCGUGCGAUUGAGUUUACUUCCAAUGGAGAAAACAUUUUGAUGACAGGAGGACAUGACGGAAUGAUUUGUUUUUGGGAUGGAAAUAAUUUGAAUUUGAUCAAAAGAUAUAUUUGUCAUUCAAGCCAUAUCUAUGGUAUUUUCACUCAUCCACAGUUUCCUAGCUUAGCUAUCUCUGUUUCAAGAGAUUGCACUGUAAGAUUGUGGUCUCUUGAACAUCUAUUUCCAAAGAACAAACUAAAAAUGAUGAUUUCCGAACAAAAUUUUGCUUGUAAAAUUUCGCAAAAAGAUGGAUCAGAAAAUAUUGACAAACUUAUAAGAAGGAUGUCGAAAGAAAAUACCAAAAUCAACUUCAAAAUUACUGAUAUCAUUCAUGUAAAUGAUAUCAUGAGGAUACAAAAGAAACGUAUCAAUAAAAUUUGUCAGAAUUUGCCAACGAAUUCAAGUGAAAUUCAGAGACUUAAAAGUGCAAAGAAAGUCGCAUUAGAAGCUGCAGAUUUAUCUCUUAAGUGUGGAAAAUUAAAGAAAUAUUGCGAACUAAUGUUUCUUUGUGGUGAAUACGAUGCUGCAAUUGCUGUUGCUCCUUCUGUAAGUUAUUCUUUUUGGAAGAGUUUAGUUUUGGCAAAAUCAAAGUUAUGCGAAGGAACAGAAGAAGAAUCAGACUUGUUGAUUAUUGCUGGACAAACAGAAGAUGCAUUAGAAUCUUUAAUGAAACAAGGUUUGUUUUCAAUUGCCAUUUUGUUAGUUGCAGGAACUCGUGAUUUUCAAAAUCAGCCUUCUUCUGUUUCUGUUUUUAAUCCUCCUGAAGAUGAUUUGAUCUGUAAAUACAUAUUGGAUUCUACGGAAGAAGUCAAUUUAACUUUGUAUUCAGUUGUUUCCAAGAUGGCAGCAAAUUAUACAAAAGAAGGAAAACCUUUACAUGCAGCAGCAAGUUUUCUUUCAAUUGGAGAUGUCGAUGGAUGUGUAAACAAACUAUUUAUGUGUGGAGAAUUGACAUGGUGUUUGGAGAUCUCGAAGAUGGCAAAAAGAAAGUAUGAUUUUGUUGAAGAAACUGUUUUCAAGCUCUGCACAUUAAAUGGUCUUGGAAAAGAAUACUUUUUAACUUUAGAUCUUCAUAUGAAGAAGAAAAUGGUUUCAUUUUUGAACAUAAAAAAUGAAACAGAACUUGAUGAAUUAUUCACGAAAUGUGGAAUGAAGACAAGCGAACAAUUACUUGAGAGUUCAAGGAGUCUCAAAGGUUUGAGUUUGGCCAAAGUUAAAAUGACUGCAGGAAAAAUCGAAGAAGGCUUAGUUUUGCUUAUAAAUUUGGCAAAAAAUUCCUUUUCAAAUUACGAUUUCAAUACUUUGGAAGAAAUUGCAGAACUAAUAAAGAACUGUGGUACAUCACUUGACACGAAAAUGCCAAUGUGGUAUACAGCAGUUGCAAUAGUUCAUUACGUAGGCUUGUACAAAGCAUUUUGGAAUGGAUUUUCAACUGUUUUAAGUUGUUUGCAGGAUUCUUUUAAGUAUUGUGCAACUCAAUCAAAUGAACAAUGGCUAAUAGAGCGUAUUGAAGAGACUCGGCUUCUUUCUGUUAUGGGAAUGUCCAUCAAAAGUGUCCCAACAGCAGAAUUUUACGCAGAAGAAUGGAAUUUGAAAGAGAAUGAAAAUGUUAAAAUUUCCAUUCAAAUUUCAAAGAGCGGAAAUGUCACGGGAGGCAAAACAAUGAUUGUAGCCACUGCAGGUGUCAUCCCUAUUGAUAUUGAUAAAUCUCUACAAUACUCAAUUUGCACAGGAGAGCCAAUAAAAGAAAAUCCUUUCAUUCUAGAAAACAACAGAGCGAGAAUGACAAUUUCUGAAGCUUUGAUGUUGUUUUCAGUCUCACCAUUCUCUCCAUUGCCUACAAUGAAGUACAUUAUACCAUAUUAA